AUGGCCCCCUCUCAGCUCCCCCCCAUCUUCAACCCCACCCCUCAGGACAUUGAGAUGCUCCUCGCAGCUCAAUGCCACCUGGGAUCCAAGAACCUCCAGGUUCACAUGGAGCCCUACCUGUGGAAGACUCGCCCCGACGGUGUCAAUGUCAUCAACAUUGGCAAGACCUGGGAGAAGAUCGUCUUGGCCGCCCGUAUCAUCGCUGCCAUCGAGAACCCGGCCGACAUCUGUGUCAUCUCCGCUCGUCCCUACGGUCAGCGCGCUGUCCUGAAGUUCGCCUCCCACACCGGUGCUACCGCCAUUGCUGGUCGUUUCACCCCCGGUAACUUCACCAACUACAUCACCCGCUCUUUCAAGGAGCCCCGCCUCAUCAUCGUCACCGACCCCCGCACCGAUGCUCAGGCCAUCAAGGAGGCCAGCUAUGUCAACAUCCCCGUCAUCGCCCUCUGCGACACUGACUCCCCCACCGACUUUGUCGAUGUUGCCAUUCCCACCAACAACAAGGGUCGUCACGCCAUCGGUCUGGUCUGGUGGCUCCUUGCCCGUGAGGUCCUCCGUCUCCGCGGAACCCUUGCCAACCGUGAGGUCGACUGGGACGUCGUUGUCGAUCUCUACUUCUACCGUGACCCUGAGGCCGAGGAGAACAAGGAGGUCGUCGAGGAGGCCAAGGUUGCCAGCGCUGAGGAUGUCGGUGCCGGUGCCAUCGAGUCCGGCUUCGCCGGUGAGAGCUGGGAUGCUCAGGCUGCCCCUGCCAGCACCUCUUUCGCCGCUGGCGGUACUACCAGCUGGGAGGCUGAUGGCGGUGACUGGGCCGCUAGCUCCGCCCCCGCUGCUGCUGGUGAGACCUGGGCUGAGAGCCAGCCCGCCGAGGGCAAGUGGUAA